AAUCAUGGAGGUCAAAUUCCAAGCAUGGGAUACCGCAGGGAAGCCCAUAAGAUGCAAAGCUGCAAUGGCAAGAAAAGCUGGUGAGCCCCUUGUGAUGGAAGAAGUUGAAGUAGCUCCUCCUAAGGCUUGGGAGGUUCGAAUCAAGAUUCUUUGCACAUCCCUUUGCCACAGUGAUGUAACCUUUUGGAAAACUCCUGCCGGUCCUGCUUCAUUUUUUCCAAGAAUUUUCGGUCAUGAAGCAGCAGGUGUUGUGGAGAGUGUAGGGGAGAAUGUGGAGGAAGUAAAAGGAGGUGACUUGGUUCUACCAAUAUUUCAGAGGAACUGUGGUGAAUGCAGAGAUUGCAAGUCUGAAAAGGGCAAUGCUUGUUCAAAAUUUCCAGUGCAAUUCUACGAAGGGAUGCCAAGGGAUGGAACCAGUAGGUUUACUGAUAUGAAUGGAGAAAUUGUUCAUCAUUUUUUUGGAGUUUCCAGCUUUGCUGAGUAUACAGUGGUAGACAUCAGCCAAGUUGUGAAAAUGAGCCUGGAGAUUCCCAUAGAUAAGGCCUGCCUACUUAGCUGUGGGGUUACAACCGGAGUGGGCGCGGCAUGUAAAUUUGCACAAGUGGAAGAGGGUUCUGUAGUGGCAAUUUUUGGACUUGGAGCUGUAGGACUUGCGGUUGCAGAAGGAGCAAGACUAUGCAAAGCUUCUAGAAUAAUAGGAGUCGACUUGAACCCAGAAAAAUUCGAAAUUGGGAAAAAAUUUGGAAUCACUGAUUUUGUUAAUCCGACCUCUUGUGGAGAAAAAUCAGUUAGCCAGGUAAUUCAGGAGAUGACGGAUGGAGGAGCAGAUUACUGUUUCGAGUGCAUUGGAUUAGCAUCCAUAAUGGCUGAUGCUUUCAAUAGUUCCCGGCAGGGUGGUGGGAAGACGGUGGUACUCGGGGUGGAGAUGCAUGGCUCGCCACUAAGCAUCAAUGCUUAUGAGAUCCUCAGAGGAAGAACUGUCAUGGGAUGCCUUUUUGGAGGGCUGAAACCAAAAUCAGACAUUUCAAGCUUUGCCAAGAUGUAUCUAGACCAUGAACUUAAUUUGGAUGGCUUUAUAACACAUGAAGUCAGCUUCAAAGACAUCAACCAGGCAUUUGAUCUACUCCUCCAGGGUAAAAGCCUCCGUUGCAUCAUCUGGAUGGACAACAUAAGUAAUGGAAAAUGAACAUUUCAAUAGAAGCAAGAUUUCCAAUAAUCUAACCACGAUGAUCAUG